AGCACCAGAGAGGUGUCCCCGUCCUCUUGAUAAGCAGAAUAUGGAGGACAUUACUACUGGGAAAGAUCUGAUCUAUAUUAAGGCUACAGACAUAAAGGAAGAAGAUGAAGAGACAGAUGUGAGCGGUGAUGAGCAGUAUAAGGAGGACAUUCAUACAGAUAACCGCCCAGAUUCUUGUACCAGGAGAUCAGAGGAGAAUCUUAUAUCUUCAGAUUAUAAAGCAGAUGAUGAUAUCACACAAGAUACAUAUGAAGAACAUUCCAUUAUCCCAGAUACACCCUCAGCCCUUCACAGCCAAGAUCUGUCAUCUCAUCCUUAUAUACAGGUCCUGUCUUCUCAGUCAUCACAGGAUGUUCAGCUAAAUAAAAGCCACAGAAGGGGUGUUGGACAUGAUGUUCAGCAAAAUAAGAGUCACAGAAGGAGUGUUAAAGAUAAAAGAGCUCAAAGAGAAAAGAAGCCAUUUUCAUGUUCAGAAUGUGGGAAAUCUUUUACUUCUAAAUCACAUCUAGUUGAACAUCAGAGAACUCACACAGGGGAGAAGCCAUUUGCAUGUGCAGAAUGUGGAAAAUAUUUCACUCAGAAAUCAUAUCUUGUUGAACAUCAAAGAACUCACACAGGGGAGAAGCCAUUUUCAUGUCCAGAAUGUGGGAAAUGUUUUCCUUUUAAAUCAGGUCUUGUUGUACAUCAAAGAACUCACACGGGAGAGAAGCCAUUUUCAUGUCCAGAAUGUGGGAAAUGUUUUACUAAUCAAUCAAGUCUUAUUCAACAUCAAAGAACUCACACAGGAGAGAAGCCAUUUUCAUGUCCAGAAUGUGGGAAAUGUUUUGCUCAGAAAUCAGAUCUUUUUAAACAUCAAAGAACUCACACAGGGGAGAAGCCAUUUUCAUGUGCAGAAUGUGCGAAAUGUUUUACUGAUAAAUCAACUCUUAUUCAUCAUGAAAGAACACACAUAGGGGAGAAGCCAUUUUCAUGUGCAGAAUGUGGGAAAUGUUUUACUUUGAAAUCAAAUCUUGUUCAACAUCAAAGAACUCACACAGGAGAGAAGCCAUUUUCAUGUGCAGAAUGUGGGAAAUGUUAUUCUGGGAAAUCACAUCUUGUUAAACAUAAAAGAACUCACACAUCUAUAUAUUAACCAUGUACAUAGGAUAGUUGACACUAAUACAUACUCAUAUAUUUAUACAAUAUAUGCUUCAUCUCCAAACUUGUUAUCAAUUUUUAAGAAGUUUUCUUUCUUAUAUGAUUUAUUAUUCUUAUAUUCAUCUCCGCACACUGGACUUAUAAUAAAUGUAAUAUUGUCCCUGACGUUGUAUAUAGGGAAUGUAACGUGUCAGUGUUGUCCCCGCCCCCUUCUCAUUAUGAUUAUAGAGACUUUAAUUCAAGGCAUCAGACAGGAUCCGCGCGUCUCCCUUGAAGAUCGUCUCUUCUGAACAUAAGACGCUGCAGAUACUUUUAUUUAUCACAAACCCUAGACCAGCGUUUCCCGUCUUGACGUCUAUUUUCGGUCUCAGAUCAUAAAAUCCAUUUUUCUAUAUGAGAAGUCGUCAAUAUGUCAGCGUCCCCCGGGUUCAGUAAACAUCGGUGUAAUUCUUUUCCUUUUCUUUGUCCUCCCCGGGGUAUAAAAUCCCUAGAGAUCUGAUCACAUCUGGUACAAGAUCUCUUUACUUCACACUUUGCGCCAUUAUUACACGGAUUGAAGACCCAGUUACACGCUCGUAAAUUCCCAUAUAUGUCGUGGAUUGGAAGGAAAAAGGUUCUUAAAUCUUAUAUUUACCAAUAAUAUUUUAUAUUUUUACAGUCCGUCCCUAUCAUAGUACGGAAUUGUUAUUUCUCUUCUAUCCGAUGGUUAUUUAGUAAUUUUGUUAUGAUUCAGAAGAGACCACGUGUCCCGUAUAGACGCUCACCCUGAAGACAUUAGACGGCGGUUUUGUGUUUCCGGAUUUACACACUUAUUAUAAAGCUUUUCCUUCGUCUGGAUUAUUAGAGCUCGUUCACUCUUCUUUUUCUCAUCCUCCCCUUUAUAUUCCUCCUCAUGUGGAUAUGGAAUUCUCCUCAGUCCGUCCUUCUAUAGGGCCCAUUUUGUGGCCCCCGCACUCCUCUUUGGCCUCUCUAGUUCUUUCCUCUUUUAUAUAUAACUUUGUCGGUAUUACGAGACUGCUCUACGACUGAUUCUGAUUUCCCUUCUCCCCUAACCCCACUUUCUUUACUCCCUAUGGUUAUUACUAAACACAUUUUCCCUCUUCCCCUUUGUGGGAACGUUUACAUUCUUUUACGUUACGAGAUUUAUAUUCUUCUACUAAGACUUUGGCCAUAGAGGAAUCUCAGGCUUUCUGGGGUUUUAUAAGUAAAUGUAUCUUUACUCUCCAAUGUUUUAAGCGUUAUACUAACAUACGUCCCUGAAAUUGGUUAGAGAGAUUGUAUUUAUUUCCUAAAUAAUAAUAAUAUCUAAGCUUUAUUCUUAUCUGAUUUCUUCUGCUCCUAAUAGUAACCAAAAUGCAUCUUAUAUGAGAAGAGGAGCUGAAUAUCCAACUCUCUGAAGAACAGAGCGGAUUUAUCUCUAGCGCUCACGUGGCUCCUCCCCCUGUAUUCGUAUACAGGAGAGUUUAUAUAAGUUAUAUUGUCGGGGGUAUGGGACUCCUCCUCUCCUUUUGUCACAUGGUAUUCCAGAAUCUUCUCAGUGCGAUGUCACAGGGGGAGGGGGGGGGCGUGUCUGUGAAGUCAUGAUCACAGCCUCCAGUUCCAAGAUUUCUGGACAAAAUGUACAGAACACUGGAGUACCCCUUUAAUCUCACACCUACUAUUGGUGACUAGACGUCUUAUUCCGAUAUACUAGAGAUCUUCUACCCCCUCCAGUCAUUUCCCAGCGGUGCAAAAAAAAGUUCCCAGUUAUUCAAAAUUGAGAAACCUGUUUCAUGGCAAAAUGUCUUGAACAAUUCCUUGGAGACUUGUUCUCUUUAGAUUACUUUUAGAACCUUUUCAUUAACACCUUAAGGACCAAGGGUGUACCUGUGUACCUAUGACCCCGUGUCAUAGCCGGGUGGUCCUGUGGCUAAUGCCGGACAUAACCGACCGUGGUUAUGCCCGGCAUUAACCCCUUAGACGCGGCGAUCAACUAAACCGUUCCUGGCAGCUCCUGAGAGGGAUGGGAGAGGGUGCCUACCUGCCUCCAUCUUUGUCCGAUCAGCAAAGCAUUGAACCGUAUAUGAAAUCAGUAGAUUGUAUGUACAGUAAUAGUCGCCUAUGGGGACUAAAUAAUGGUGCAAAAAUAGUUUAAAAAAAUUACAAAGUUGAUAAGUGAUUUAACCCCUUAAGGACGCAGCCCUUUUUCACCUUAAGGUCUGAGCCCUUUUUCGCAAUUCUGACCACCGUCACUUAACACAUUAAUAACUCUAAAACGCUUUUACCGAAUAUUCUGAUUCUGAGAGAGUUUUUUCGUGACAUAUUCUACUUUAUUUUGGUGGUAAAUUUCUUGCAUCCUUUUUUGGUGAAAAAUCCCAAAAUUUCAUGAAAAUUUAGCAUUUUUCUAACUUUGAAACUCUCUGCUUGUAAGGAAAAUGGAUAUUCCAAAUAAAUUUAAUUUUUAUUCACAAAUACAAUAUGUCUACUAUAUGUUGGCAUCAUAAAAUGGACAUAUUUUUACUUUUUGAAAAAAUUAGAGGGCUUCAAAGUAGAGCAGCAAUUUUCAAAAAUGUCAUGAAAAUUGCAAAAUCUGAAGGUACAGAUGUUACAGAACUACAACUCCCAGCAUGCCUAACAGUGGUCUCCAAACUGUGACCCUCCAGAUGUUGCAAAACUACAACUCCCAGCAUGCCCAGACAGCCUUUGGCUGUCUGGGCAUGCUGGGAGUUGCAGUUUGGCACCCACUAGGAAGGGCAGCAGUAAAUAUCGCUUACAGCCCCCUUCCUUCCUAAACCCCCACACACAAACGUUGUUUCCCUACCUGAGCCGUGAUCUCCGCUGAUGUCUCUGAUGAUCACAUCUGGUCCUCAGGUAAAGGCCUCCAUAUUCUCCCCCAGUUCUGCCCGAUAUCCAGGGGUGGGCAGAAUGAGGGGUUGCCAUGGCAACCCACUGUCCUGCGCUGCCAUUGGUCAGAAUCAGUUCCGAUCAGACCAGAUCAGCCCGGAAUAGCAGAAAAUUGAAUGUCUGAAUUGACAUGCG